GUCUCCUUUCGAUCCAUCCGCUGCUCCUCACACUUCGUCACUUCGCCACGCCCAUGACUACCAGUGAGGAUGCAGCUCUCCUCGCAGAGAUCGAGAGGCUAUCUGGAAGGAUAGACCAGCAUCGAAGCGCGAGCGCUGCUGCUCCGCCACCCAAUCGAGGAAGAGGUGGCUGGCGAGGCAGAGGUUGGCGAGGAGCUUCCGCGCCCACCCAAGUCAGCAGACAUCGCACCCUCGUCAUCAACAACGACGCCCAGCAGCAGCCCGGCCCUUCGUCAUCAUCUCCGCCACCACCGUCGUCCUCGUCAUGGGUCAGGCGCAAGACCACGCACAACAUGAGCCUCGUCAGCUCCGAUUCGUACCAAAAGACCGAACCGGCUCGUGUCGCAGCUCUCCAAGCGGCACAAGAAGCCAAGACAGCCGCUAAAGCUACAGCUCGUGCGGCCGCCAAGUCGAGAGCCAAAGCUGCGCGCGACUCGGCCAAGGUGCGCCGAGGAGAUAACAUGGGCGAAGUCAUCGUCGAUGGCGUCGUCUUUGUAUUCGAGGAAACGGGAACGAAACUAGUCAAGAAGGGUAGCGAAGCUGCAGCUGCCUCGGCCUCCUCGUCACCCUCAUCCAAAGCUCCCUUGCGCACCUCGGUCAAUGGCCAGUCCUUCAUCCGCACGAAGCGUGGCAACCUCAUCAGCGCUGAGCUCCAUCAGCAACGCAAGGCGCAAAAAGACAGUGCAGCCAAGAUGCGGCGCCUGGCAGCUAUGGGAGAUCAGAUUGCCAACAAUGAAAAGACGAGGUCUGCCAACCGCAAGCCAACCCGAUCCCAAGCCAACUUGCCACGCACCAAGGGCCUUUGCAGCUUCUACAACAAGACAGGUCUCUGCUCGGCGUGUGCGGUACGUGCCUCCCCUCCCCCUUGCUCACCUGCUUCCUCUUCGUAUCCCACCCGCAGGCCAAUGCAAACGCGGCCUCUCCUGCCCUUACGUCCACGACGCUGCCCGUCUCGCCAUCUGUCCCGGCGCCCUCCGGCCCACAGGCUGUUCCUCACCCUCCGGCCUAUGUCCUCUGUCUCAUGACCCUUCC